CGUUGUGAAAACGUUUUGGCAACGUCGGAAUGUAAAAGAGAAUUUUAUCUUUGUGUUUUUCCACGUGUUUGAAUGGUGUAUUGUCCAACUAGCAUAGGUAUUGUCUGUUAUAAUACAAGUUUAGCUUUUGUGCUAAGUGUUGAAGAUACCAUUGGAAUCAAAUGAAUUUGUAGACAAGAUUUAACGACAAUGUAUGGUGCUGGCAAAAGAAAGCGGAAAUCAAUAGCAUGCAUUUCAAAAAGACAUUUCAACCGAUUAAUUUACAAUGCUACAGAGAAUGAAACAGAACAUGCAGUGUAUGUACAUCAUAAUGACAUCAGUACAUUACCUCAAGAAAAUGAUAGUGGUAAUUGUAUUUCUCACGAAAUAUUGAACUCCCGCAUUGCUCAUAGUUCAGAUUUUCUCCAAACAACAAGUAGGGCUACAUACAAUAAUGAUGCAGACAGUUCAGUGAUACAUGGCACGGAACAAGAACAAACAUCACAAUCACGAAUUACAAACAAUGAUGAUAAAUUUUGUGAUGGCAGGAGUACAGACGUUGUAUUCAGCAGUGAUUCAGAUAAUAACGUUGAGGAAGUAGUAUGUCGACCAUGUAAUUUGGACAGUGUCCCUGUUGAUUUAAAUUUGAGAAAACAUGUGGCAUUAUGGGCAACUGAGUACAAUAUUCCUCAAAAUGCUGUCUCUUCUCUAUUAAAAAUAAUUAAACCACAUUUACCUAUACAUGAAAUACCUAAAGAUGCUCGUACCUUGUUGAACACGCCUCGAAGUAUCUUCAUUCAUGACAUGCCACCUGGGAAGUACUGUCACUUUGGGCUGGAAAAAGCUUGCAGGGAAAUAAUUUGUGAUUUGAAGAAGUACAACAUUGAUAAUACAUAUUUGCAGCUACUGGUAAACAUAGAUGGUUUACCAUUGUCUAAAUCAUCCUCUAGUUGCAUUUGGCCAAUAUUAUGCUCUUUACCUGCAUUGAACAAAGUAUGUGUUGUGGGUGUGUAUCAUGGUUAUGAAAAACCGAGAAGUGCCAAUGAUUUUCUACAAAAAUUUGUUACUGAGGCUUCACAUUUAGUUCACAAUGGUAUUAUUGUAGAAAACGAAACAACAGCAGUAAAAAUUCAUGCAUUGAUCUGUGAUGCACCAGCUAAAGCAUUUGUAUUGUACAUUAAAGGUCAUAGUGGAUAUAACAGCUGUGUUAAGUGUACUGUUCAAGGGCAGUACAAAGAAAGAAGAGUUUGUUUUCCUGGGAUAAAUUUUAACAAAAGGUGCGAUGAAGAUUUCGUCAGCAACACUGAUGAAGAUUUUCAUAUGGGUGCAACAAUAUUGACACAGAUUCCACAUUUUGGUCCUGUUUCCAGUGUUCCUUUUGAUUACAUGCACCUAGUAUGUUUAGGUGUAAUGAAAAAAAUGUUAAUAUUGUGGAUGAAAGGUUCUUUGUCAGUACGUUUAUCUUCAAAAAUGGUUUCUGAAGUUUCAAAAGCACUUUUAGAAAUAAAGGGCAGCAUUCCCAAUGAUUUCAGCAGGUCACCAAGAUCACUAGCAGAAAUUAAUAACUGGAAGGCCACAGAGUUCCGCCAGUUUCUUUUAUAUACUGGUCCUGUUGUUAUGAAAGAAUACCUAACCAAGGAUGUAUAUACACAUUUUCUUACCCUGCAUGUUGCAGUAUCACUUCUCAUAAGUCCUCGAGUUUCAGAAUGUAGUGUACAGUAUGCUAGCAAGUUACUGAAACAUUUUGUGCAGUCUUUUGGGAUCUUGUAUGGAAAUGAAAACAUAUCCCAUAAUGUUCAUGGACUUCUGCAUCUGAGUGAGGAUGUUCUGAAGUAUGGCCCACUAGAUUUGUUUAGUGCUUUUCGGUUUGAAAGUUAUAUGCAAACAUUAAAAAAAUUGAUCCGUAAAAAUGAGAAACCAUUAGAGCAAUUAUCUCGAAGAUACAUAGAACAGAACAUAAGUCUAUCAUCUUCACCAGUAGAGAAGAUAUGUGAAUUUUAUCAUCCACACACAGAUGGUCCUGUACCACCUGAUUUGCAGCCAAAGGAGCAAUACAGAUGUUACAAGAAUAAUUUAUUUAGUAUUGAUAUUAUUAGUAGUGAAAAAAAUAAUUGCUGUUUCCUGUAUAAUGGAACAACAGUGUCAGUACAAAACAUUAUAUAUUGUCAAAGAGAUGGGUAUUUCAUUGUGGGCUAUGAAAAUUUGUCUCAGAGAAGCCUUUAUGUUAAGCCAUGUGAUUUAAAUUUGUUAGGUAUUAACAUUGUCAACAAAAUGCAUGUGCUCAAAUCAUGGCCAGUAGACAUGAUUUGUUGCAAAAUGUGGAAUAUAUACUACAAAGGUAAACAUAUUGUAUUACCUUUAAUACAUUCUCGGAAAAACUAGUCUUCUGCUCAUUUUGCAUGGUAUCAAACAUGAACUUUAAAUAUUUCAAAUCUGUGUAAUGAGUUGUACAUAAUUUGAUAUUGUGAAAAAUUCAUACGAAUCAUUGAUAAGACAAAGAAUAUUCUUGUGGCUAUUUGCCAUUAAGUGUUUACUGUUUGGAGGCAUUGCCUGUUAUACAAAUUUCUACAUGCGGUCCCCAGUAAGGGCCUGUAACAAACUAUUUAGGUAGUUAUAGCUCAACAGGUACGCAAAGUGAGAACCCUACAUAGAAUUGCAGACUUAAUGUACAAGAGGUGUAAAAUGUCUUCAGCAGAAUGCAACUGGGGACCCACACAUGUUUCACAUAUAGCCUGUGUACGCAGAGACAGGACAUUCUCAGGGAUGAAGUGGACCUUCUGACCUUAAAUUCCUCUGCAGUCUACUGGAUUGAGAACCUGGAUAUAUUACUGUGACACAUAUUUGCGUGUGCUGUAUAUUAUCUAAACAUAUAUAUAUAUACUUUUUUUAAUGCAGUAUUGUAUUGUGACUGUCAGUCAUAAGUAUCUGAAUUGCCAUAUAAUAUAUAAAUGAUGUGUGUGCGUAAAAGUGUGGUGUAUUGAAUCAGUUUCUCAAAAAUAUGAGAUGAAUAAAUUUCACGUAGUGCAAUUUGAAGAUGGGCUGCAAGUAGUGCCUGGAAUUUGGCUGCAAGAAGGAGAAUUAUGCUAUUGGCCAGAUACUGAAUCUCAGACAAAACUGAUGAAGGCCAUUUGCAAUGCAGAACCACCAUCACCUGAAUGGUUAUCUCUAAACAUUCUGAGAAUAUUUGGAGAAUCAGAUACCUACGAGAAUGCAGUUCACAAAUUAAAAUUGUGUGAACGGUUUUCUGAUGUUGAAAGUGGACCAGACAGCUUGAAUAAAAGGAAAAAAAGGCAAAUGAGAGCAAAAAGAGUUCCAGAGACAGAAGACUCUGAAACAGAAUUGGAGGAAGAAACUAGUCAGUCACUGCUGCCACCGUUGCCCAAAUGCCCGAACUCAUUCAGACCACAAUGUGCAUCAACACAAAAAGAGUGGAUGAGCACUAAGUUUAGAAGUAAUGAGCCUACUAUGAAACAAACUUCUGGGGUAAAUAAUUCUGUUGGUAGCGCUUCGCCCAUGGAGGUCACUGUACAGCGUAAAGAAGCUGGAGUGUCAACAGAAUUUGAGAAGUUGGUACUCAAAAAGCUGAACAUAAUAACAUAUAAACUUGAGUCAUUGGAAGAAAAACUUAGAAAUCUGGAAAGCGCUAAACUGACUACAGUUUGUGAACAACCAUCAGAGCGGAUUCCAAGCAAUAUGUUUCCGCUAGCAUCAUUGACAGCUGUAGAAGAACUUGAGUUGCUGCUGCAAAACCCUUCUUAUUUUGAUUCAGUGGUAUUCUACUUGAAAACUAUAGGUGGAGUAAAUAUCACAGAUGUAACAUUUUCAGUAAUGAAAAAGAUUUUAUCUAAUGAAGUCGCUAUGGAAUACAGCUAUUUCGGUUUCAAAGGGAAGAAAACAUUUAAAAACCUAAAAUUAUCUGAAGUGGUUAUAAGUGUUGUACGCUGUCAUGUUCGUGAUGCUACUGAGAAAGCAGUAGGCGACAAGAGUCGCUGCAUGGCUGAAGCAUGCAAGGACAAGAUUGUCAAGGAGCAUUCAUAUCACUACCAUCAUGGCUGCUCCGUCCGUGGGCUGGGUGUAUAAAUGUUCUAAGAGCGAGCUGCUGCAGCACUUUGAGGACAACGGCCUUGUCUACGAGCCUUCCGAGACCGUGGCGGACUUGCGCGCCAGGCUCGUAAAGUUCGUCCGGACGUCAUGGGACGCGGCGAGUGCGGACUCUCCUCUGCCCGCUCCCGUUAGCGUGAGCUCGUCGUUUAAUUUGAAACUUUUUUUUUCAACUUUGAAAUCUCUGCCUUCCUUGGACGAUGCCGAGCCCAAGGCGGCUUUGACAUUUCUGUUAGAAGCACAUAGGAUCAAUGAGCUUAAUCUUGUUUCUGAAACUGACUUUCUAAAGGCUCUGCUUAGUAAGUGCGGAAGCCACUAUCAGGAAUUGUUAACGAACGCGAUUCGCAAUAGGUCUACCUUUUCAGAUUUUAAGUCACAAGUUCUACGUCUAGCAUGUCCUCCACGGGUCCUUGACACCUGUAAAAGAGAUUUAGUUUACAGGUUUCAGUUUCCUAACGAGUCAGUUGUAACAUUUAUAAACUCGGUUUUGUCUUACGUUGAAGUGUUAGAAUUGACUCUGCUUGAGGCUGAAGUGGUAGACAUUAUAUUAGGAAACAUCUCACCUCUGUGCCUUCAGCACUCAGCUGAAAUUCGCUUGAAGGUUUUUUCUAUGCCAAGGUGGCCACCUAUCAAGGACGCAUGGUAAUAACUCAAUACCAUGGGACGUAAUUUAGCCGGCACCAGGGCCUUGCGGGCAUGGCCAGAUUUGCCAGUAAAGAAAAUUACGCCAUUUUCCUUAACGUACGGAACAUUUACAUUAGCCGCCAAGUCGUUUUUGACUCCUUCACAAAAGGGAUCCUGUGCCUGGCAAUCACGUAUACUGAAAUAAGAUUCAGGGAACACUUUAACGACAUUAACGUGAACAGGCUCAGGCUCAAGCGUGGCCCGAGUUAAAGGCCGACGUAAGAAAUUUUAUCCGCUCCUGUCACGACUGUCAGGUGUCAAAGCCCCCUCAGAACACCAGAGUGGGGCUGUAUGGUGCAGACGCCCCCGUCGCCCCCUGGCAUGUAGUACAUAUGGACAUUUUCGGCCCCCUCACCCGGUCCCGCAAGGGUAAUAAUUGUAUUUUGGUUCUCCUAGACAUAUUCACUAAAUUUGUCAUUUUGAUACCUUUAAAGAACAUGAAGGCCACCACGAUAGUCAAAUCACUGAGGGAUUGUGUUUGGAAACUGUUCGGCGCUCCCGCCAUGUUAGUGACCGAUAAUGCUAAAUAUUUUCAGUCCACGGUCUAUAAAAACAUGUGUCUGGAAUGGGCUGUGAAACCGAUUUUCAGCAGUGCUUACUAUUCUAAGGGUAACCAAUCUGAACGCCUAAAUAAGGUCCUUAAGGCCACUCUCAUUUCCUUUUACCGUGAUGAUCAAACGUUGUGGGACACAGAUUUAGAUUUUAUUAACGUUGGAUUAAAUUCUGCUCAUCACUCGGCCUCUGGAUUUCCGCCCUCGAUUCCUUUCUUAGGUAGGGAAAUUACCCACCCGCUUCUUAAUCAGUGGGGCCUCCCUUCUUGUGAGACCGUACUCGACAGCGCCUCCCUAGACGCCGUUCUCGAUACUGUGUCGUGUAACUUGCGUAAGGCCCGCGAGGCUGUGGCAGCUACGUUUAAUAAGACGCGCACUGAGCAUGGUUUUAGUGUAGGUAACAAGGUUUUAUGCCGGAGCUUUGUUCUCCCCUCCCGCAUUGAUAACCUUAAUGUAAAAUUGUUACCGCCGUAUUAUGGCCCCUUUGAGAUCAUAAGAUUUCUGGGUCCUAAUACGGCGUUGCUCAGAUGUUCUUCGAAUAAGAAGAAAUACAAAAAAUGCCACGUUAGUCAUUUGAAAUUGUACUGCUCUGCAUAGCAUCCUUUAGUAUAGUUUAUGUGGUGGCUGUAAAUUUUCUUUUUACCUUUAGAAACUGGUACGUUGAAGCACUGUUGUCUUUCGUCAUAGUAACAUGAUUUAGUUUGAAAGUUUGUUAUUGUAUAUUUAAAUUAAUAUUUGUAUAUAUUCAGCUGUCUAACGUUUUUAUAUUCUAAAAUUGGUUUGUUUGUUUCUGCCUAUGAUGUAAUUUAAUGUUAUUAUUACCUUUUUCCCCACUUUUGUAUAGCCUUAUCCAAAAAAAAAAAAAAAAAAA